CUAACUUAGAUUUAAAUUUAUUGUUUUGUACCUUUCAGUUUUUAUUAAACACUGUUGCAUACUAUUUUAUGUUCCCCUCGUAUUUUAUAUGCAUUUUCCUAUUUUCGAUAUCAUUAAUUUCUUCAAUUGAAUGCAAAAGUAUAUGUUACAAAGCGCAGUUUUGCCGACACGACGGCCGAAGGCGCUGUGGUCUGAACCCUCGCACGAGGCAAGUGCGCUGGUUCUUGGACAAAUGUGACCUCUUGGAGUACAUGUGUCAAUAUACAGAGAAAUUUAUACCAGUCAAAUCCAGGAAAUGCGCGCAUGUACCUCCCCUGUGAUGUUUACAAACCUAUCGCUUUCUGGAUAGCCGAGCAACAGGAAACAUAGACAAUACUAUAGACAAUAGACAAGCUUUGUAAACAUAGAGGGACGGCAUAUGCUCCAGUCAUCAGUAGCUGCUUGCAACUGGUAAGUUCAAGAUGUCCAAAAUGUUAUCAGUACUGAUAAUGGCAGCCAUGGUGGCCGCGCAUGGGCCUCCCCUCGAGAGGGACAACGAAGACAUCGCUAUGGGACGCAAGAUGGGGGCGAAAUGGUGCAGCAUGGCCAAAGUGUGCAACCACGACCGCGUGCCGAUCUGCGGCGUGAGCCACGCGGGCGACCUCAUGGGCUUCCGCGACCUCUGCGAUAUGUUCGACUUCAACUGCAUCAGGAGGAGAAAUUACAAACAAACAGGAUGUCCAGAGGACAAGUCCCAGCUGAGUGUGUCUCGUCGACCCACCAACAGUUAUUACGACGAUUAAUAUAUAAAUAAAUAUUAUUUAAAUCUUUAAAUAUUCUUCAUUACAGUAACACACUAUCAUGGCAAUAAAAUAUAAUAUAUUAUUUGUUAUUUAUCGUAGUGAUAGACAUGUUUGAUUUUUGUCAUGUUACGGUCAUUAAUAAAAUGUUAUAAUCC